AUGUGGCGCGCCGUCACCCACAUGCCCUCUGCCGGCUCAGGUCCAUGGGGGAGAUGCAUGGGCAGCGACUGUGGUCCAGGUGGCAGCCAAAGCCGGGCAGUCUGGUGUGCCCAUGUGGAAGGCUGGACUACCCUUUACACCAACUGUGACCACAUCCAGCGUCCCUCCAACCAGAGGAACUGUUUCCGUGUGUGUGACUGGCACAAGGACCUAUAUGACUGGCAACUUGGUGCCUGGAACGAGUGUGUGCCAGUGUCAGCAAGGACCUCUGGGGCCCCACGGCCCUCCGUAUGCAGCGGAGGCGAAGAGGGCAUUCAGACCCGGGAGGUGAGCUGCGUCCUCAAGUCAGACAGGUUGCCAGCAGAUGAUGCCAUCUGUGAGUACUUUGAGCCCAAGCCUCGCCUGGAACAGGCAUGCUUGAUCCCCUGCCCUCAGGACUGUGUGGUUUCCGAGUACUCCCCAUGGACCUCCUGCUCUAAAACGUGCGGGACAGGCCUUAUGAACAGGGUCCGCAGUGUCCUGGUUCCUCCACUUUUUGGGGGUGCUGUUUGUCCCAACCUGACGGAGUUCCAGUCUUGUAAACUGGGGCCUUGCACAGGUCCAGAGGGCAUGUACAGCCUCAGGGUCGGGCCCUGGAGCCCCUGUGCCAUCCCAGAGACUCGGUCAGUGCGCCAAGUCAAACGGAGGAAAGGUAAAGGGCCGGGGCUCAGGGAGAGAGCUGGGGUCAAAGAUCCUGAGACCAGGGAGCUUAUUCAGAAGAAACGGACCAGGAACCGUCUCAACCGGCAAGAGAGUCCGUUCUGGGACAUCCAGGUGGGCUACCAGACCCGGGAGGUGACCUGCACACACAGGAAUGGGAGCACAAUGGCACGCAACCUGUGCACACUGCGGGACCUGCCGCUGACCGUCCAGUCCUGCGUCCUCCCCAAAGACUGCCAGCUGACCGACUGGGCCGACUGGGACCCCUGCUCCAAGGCCUGCGUGGACCCCGAGUCUCCCAGCGGCACCCGCACCCGGACCAGGCGGGUGCUCCAGUUCCCCGUGGGCGAGGGGGAGGAGUGUCCGUCGCUGGAGGAGACAGAGCCGUGCGAACCUCAGGGUGACGGGGUGCCGCCGUGUGCCACUUAUACCUGGAGAACCACAGAGUGGAGCGACUGCCGGGUCGACUUGUUGCUAAGCCAACAGGACCGUCGGCGUAGCAACCAGACGGGGCUUUGUGGAGGAGGUCUGCAGACCAGGGAAGUUUACUGUGUCCAAGCCAACGCUGAACUCCUGACAUACCUCAACGACCUCCGAGAAAAAGACAAAGGUCAGACCCAAAGACAGCAGAAGCCUAGUGUUCCCCCUCUCCUCUCCAUCACCUUCCAGAUUACAGCAUCCCGCCCGGUGGAAAACAAGCUGUGCGAGGGUCCCGUCCCCAACAGGUCCCAGCUGUGCCAUAUCCCCUGUCCCAUUGAGUGUGAGGUGUCACCGUGGGGGGCCUGGGGGCCGUGCACCUUCGAGAGCUGUGAUGACCAGGCCGCGAAGAAAGGUUUCAAAUUGAGGAGACGGCAGAUCACCAACAAGCCAAGCGGCGGGCCAGAAAACUGCCCCCACCUGGUGGAGGCGCUGCCGUGUGACGAGCCCAGCUGCUACGACUGGCGACUGGUCAGCCUCGACCCGUGUGUCCCCGAGGACGAGCAGGCCUGCGGUCCCGGGACGCAGCUCGCACAGGCCCAGUGCGUCAACAGCAACGGCGAGGAGGUGGACAGAAGUCUGUGUUCGUCGUCCCCGGCUCCGCAGCCGGUGCGCUGCGAGGUGCCUUGCUCAAGGGACUGUGUCCUCAGUGACUGGACCCCCUGGUCGACCUGCUCUCAGACCUGCUCCAGCAAGACCAUCGAGGGCAAGCAGAUGAGGACCCGCUCCGUCCUGGCCUACAACGCCGGGGAAGUAACUGCCAUGGUAGUGGCGUGGAUCACAGUGAUGGAGGGUCUUUCACGGGUGCCAAAGUUUCCAGAACUUUUUGGUGGCGCCCUGUGCCCGAAUAGCAGUGCCCUUCAGGAGACGCGGAACUGUAACGAACAUGCCUGCACCGUCUACCACUGGCAGACGGGGCCUUGGGGUCCCUGCUCCGAGGACCCCUCCACCUCGGCCCUCAACACCUCCACCGGCGCCCGUGGUGCCGGCGGUGUUGACCAGGGUCCCUGCUCCACGGGCAUACAGACACGCAAGGUCAUCUGCGUCCGGGUCAACGUGGGACAGGUGCCGCCCAAAAAGUGUCCAGACGGUCCUCAUCCCGGCACGGUGCGGCCGUGCCAGCUGCCCUGCAAGAAGGACUGUAUCGUGACCCCGUUCAGCGACUGGAUGCCCUGCCCUGUCACUUGCGAUGCAGCCGGCAAUGUUAUGAAGAAAAAGCAAUCGAGGAACAGGCUUAUCAUCCAGCUGCCGUCCAAUGGGGGCCAGGACUGUCCCGAGGUGCUGGAGGAGGAGAAGGACUGCGACGUCCCCAAAGUCUGCCCGGGUUUCAGGUGGAAGACCCACAAGUGGAGGAAGUGCCAGCUGGUGCCAUGGUUUCUCAGACAGGACAGUCCUGGGGCUCAGGAGACUUGCGGGCCGGGACUCCAGACCAGAGCGGUGUCCUGUCGCCAGCUGGACGGGACACAGGCCGACAUCAGUGACUGUCUGAAAUUCGCCAAGGCCAUGCCUCCCAUCACUCAGCGCUGCCAGCUCCCCUGCCAGGAUGACUGCCAGCUCACCAACUGGUCCAAGUUCUCCUCCUGCACAGCCGACUGUGUGGGGGUCCGCACCAGAAAGAGGGCGCUGAUAGGGAGGAGCAAGAAGAAGGACAAGUGCAAGAACACCCAAAUGUACCCCCUGAGCGAGACGCAGUACUGCCCCUGCGACAAGUACAACGCCCAGCCGGUGGGGAACUGGUCCGACUGCAUCCUGCCGGAGGGCGGCAGGGUGGAGAGCGUACUGGGGAUGAAGGUGCAGGGAGACAUCAAGGAGUGCGGCCAGGGCUACCGCUACCAGGCCAUGGUGUGUUACGACCAGGACAGCAGGCUGGUGGAGACGUCGCGCUGCAACAGUCACGGCUACAUCGAGGAGGCGUGCAUCAUCCCCUGUCCUUCAGACUGUAAGCUCAGCGAAUGGUCCAACUGGUCGCGCUGCAGCAAGUCCUGCGGCAGCGGGGUGAAGGUUCGCUCCAAGUGGCUUAGAGAGAAGCCUUACAAUGGUGGGCGGCCCUGCCCCAAGCUGGACCACAUCAAUCAGGCCCAGGUGUAUGAGGUGGUGCCGUGUCAGAGCGACUGCAAUCAGUAUGUGUGGGUGGCCGAGCCGUGGAGUGUGUGGAAGGUCAGCAACGUGGACUUAAAAGAGAACUGCGGUGAGGGCGUCCAGACCAGAAAAGUCAGGUGCAUGCUCAACACCAUCGACGGCCCAUCUGACCCGGUGGAGGACUACCUGUGUGACCCGGAGGAGAUGCCCCUGGGGGCCAGGGAGAGCCGGCUGCCUUGCCCGGAGGACUGUGUCCUCAAUGACUGGGGCCCCUGGAGCCGCUGCAGCCUGCCCUGCACCAGAACCAACAGCCGGGUGCGCACGGCGUACGCCAUCCGCUCGCCGAGCGUGGGGAGGCAGUGUCCCGACACCACCGACAAAGAGCCCUGCAGCCUCAACCUCAACUGCUUCAACUACUUCUACAACAUCACAGACUGGAGUACCUGUCAGCUGAGUCCCAAUGCUGUGUGCGGGAGCGGCAUCAAGACCCGGAUGCUGGACUGCGUCCGCAGCGAUGGCAAGUCUGUCGAUCUCAAGUUCUGUGAGGAGCUGAAGUUGGAGAAGAAGUGGCAGAUGAACGUCUCCUGCGUGGUCGAGUGUCCCGUCAACUGUCAGCUGUCAGAGUGGUCGGCCUGGUCCGAGUGCUCGCAGACAUGCGGACUAGAGGGUAAGAUGUGGCGGCGGCGGUCGGUGGUUCAGGCCUCCCAGGGCGACGGCCGGCCCUGUCCCACGCAGAUGGAGCAGUGGAAGCCCUGUCCCGUCCGGCCCUGCUACCGCUGGCAGUACAGCCCCUGGUCCGAGUGCAGAGUGGAGGAUGUGGUGUGCGGACACGGCACGCGCUACAGGAACCUGUCCUGUUUCGUGUCCGACGGCUCCGGCUCCGGCGACGGCAGCCUGGUGGACGAGGAGCUGUGCAGCAGCCUGGAGAUGGCCGUCAACGGAGACAAGAAGAUCAGACUGAAAGAGCCAUGCACCCUCCCCUGCCCAGGUGAAUGCUACCUGAUGGAGUGGUCAGACUGGAGCCCGUGUGUGAGUGUGUGUGUGAAGGGGGCCGGCGUGGACUUCGGCUCAGUGCAGGUCCGCUCGCGGGCCGUCAUGGCCCAGGAGCCUGAAAACCUGCAGCUGUGCCCCGACCAGGCCUGGGAGUCUCGGCCCUGCAUCGGGGGCGAGUGUUUUGAGUACAAGUGGAUGAGCAGCGUUCGGCCAAACUCCACCCGCCUCAGCAUCUGGUGCCAGCGCUCCGAUGGGCUCAAUGUCACAGGAGGCUGCCCUCCCAUGAAUCCUCCGGUAGACAACAGCUCCUGUGACCCUCCCUGCCUCAUGCCAAAGUCUCUCUGCAGCGAGGCCGGAGUUUGCAUGUGCGAGGAGGGCUACACCGAGGUGCUGUCCCCUACCGGGCAGCUGGUCCAGUGCGCCCCCAUCCCGAUCCUGGAGAUCCCCACAGCGGGGGACAAGAAGGCGGACGUGAAGACCAGUCGUGCUGUUAACCCCACCCUGCCCACCACCGUCCAGCCCGGGCGCACCGGGCGCACCUGGUACCUGCAGCCCUACGGCCCAGAUGGGAAGCUGAAGAUGUGGGUGUAUGGCGUAGCAGCCGGAGCCUUUGUGCUCCUCAUAUUCAUAGUGUCUAUGAUAUACCUAGCUUGCAAAAAGCCAAAGAGACCUCAGAGACAGAGGCAGCAAAACAACCGACUAAAACCUCUGACUCUAGCCUACGACGGCGACACGGACAUGUAGUUUUCCGCCGGAGGGAAGCUUCACCGAGCACUUCACCUGUCUUAGAGACCCACGUCAUCAUGCCAUCACAGCGAAGGACAAGGAUGCUUGCACCGACAACAGACACGUCACGGGGCGGUGAAAUUACAGAAAAUCCUCUUUGCAAAAACACUUGUGGGGUUAAAACCAUUUCCAGUAGUGCUCCAUUCAUCCCCCCUUUUUUUCCUCUUUGUUUUCUGAUAUUUUCUUUUGCAAGAGCCUUCGCGACCUCCUCCGUCUACAAGGGAAAUGCCUUUUUUUUUUCUUUUUUUUUCUUUUUUUUUUUUUUUUUGC